ACUAGACCCGCUCGUCUGUCCCGGUUCGGUUCAGUUAAACCCGGAGGAUGGCGGCCGCGCUCCGCAGAGACGCGCCCCCGCUUCCGGACUUUUCCCUCCUGAAGAGACUCGCACGAGACCAACUCAUCUUCCUCCUGGAGCAGCUUCCUGGUAAAAAAGAUUUGUUCAUAGAUUCAGAUUUGAUGAGUCCACUGGACCGAAUCGCCAACGUGUCCACACUCAAGCAACACGAAGUCGACAAACUUUAUAAAGUGGAACAUAAACCUGUGACGUCAACGGCCGACCAACUCUGUUUCCUGAUCAGACCCAGAAUCCAGACGCUCGUUUGGAUCUGCGAUCUGGUGAAGUCGGACAAAGCUGUGGGACGAGUGCGACGCUACAAAAUCAUCUUCACUCCACAGAAGUUCUUCUCGUGCGAGGCCGUCCUGGAGGAGCACGGGGCGUUUGGAGACGUGUCAUGUGACCAGUGGGACUUCCACCUGUUACCUGUAGACGACGACAUCAUCAGUCUGGAGCUGCCCGAGUUUUUCACCGACACGUUUCUGGCGGGGGACCAGCGCUGGGUGAGGACAGUGGGCAGUGCUCUUCAUCUGCUCCAUUCUCUGUUUGGACCUUUCUCCAAAGUUUAUGGCAUCGGACGUAUUGCCAAGAUGGUGUACGAGUCGUUCCGGACGCAGCUGCAGACGGAGGAGACGAGGACGAGAGGAGACGCUCAGAUCGGAAACGUCUUCAUCAUCGACAGAGGUACGACAGGAGCAGACAGGAGCAGACAGGAGCAGGCAGGAGCAGACAGGAGCAGCAAGGAGCACAGGAGGAACAGGCAGGAAGACAGGAACAAGAAGGAAGACAUGGACGCAUCAGGACAGGGAAGGAGACAGAAAAGAGGGUCGGGUGGUUCAUCAUGUGUGAAGACUUUUGUUUCGAGGGUGGGGAACUGUGUGCAAGAGCACAGACUCCUGAGCCUGCACAUCGGGGCGAGUGAAGCGAUGAUGAAGAGAAAAACCAAACAGGACUUUCAGGAGCUGCUGCGAACGGAACACUCUCUCCUCGAGGGCUUUGAGAUCAGAGAGUGCAUCAACUUCAUUGAAGAGCACAUCAACAGACAGGUUUCUGUGCUCGAGUCUCUGAGACUCCUGUGUCUGCUGUCGCUCACCGAGAACGGACUUUUGCCCAAAGAUCUGCGCUCGCUCAAAACCCAAUAUCUGCAGAGUUAUGGGUUUGAGCACCUCGUCACCUUCUCGUCUUUGAGGACGUUGGGUUUGGUUCAGGAGCAGCAGACGCCCGAGACUCUGAGCGCCGUGGAAACCAGAGUCCGACUGACAGGGCGUCUGACUGAAGCGUUUUCAUCUUUGGCCAAAAAGAGCAACUUCAGAGCCCUGAGCCGCAAACUCAACCUGGUCCCAAAGUCCGAGGACUACGACCUCCGAGUCCCUAAAGACAUGUCGUACGUGUUCAGCGGAGCCUACGUCCCCCUGAGCUGCAGACUCAUAGAACAAGUCCUGGACCGUGAGGGCUGGUCCGGUUUGGAGGAAGUGACUCGACUUUUAAAUGGACACGAGUUCAACGUCACAGGGAGCACCUCUGGCUCUGAGAGCAGCUCUGGUCUGACCUCCGGGUCUGGGUCCGGGUCUGGAUCUGGUCCUGGAUCUGGUCCGGACUCUCAGAGGAGAGUCCUGGUCGUGUUUUUAGGAGGAUGCACUUUCUCUGAGAUCGCCGCCCUGCGCUUCCUCGCCCGAGAGAAAGGUUAUAGAAUCACCACAGUCACCACGGCCAUCACCAACAGCAGCAGACUCCUGGAGAGUCUGAUCCAGAACAAGGUCUAA